AUGUGCUUGGGCUGCUCGGCCCGCAGUCUCGAAGAAGAAUGGCAACACUCGUACCGUCAUGCCUGCGUAAGCACCAUCGAUCGUCACCUCGAUGGCAAAAGUCUCGCGCACAAAUGGGGCAAAGCCGCUGCUGUGGGGCCUGAAGUGUACCAGCAUCUUGCAGAAGAGUUCCAGAGAGCGUUGAUUCUUCAGCGCGAAACAUUCUACCCUGGUCUUUUGAUCGCAGCUGCUGUUUUCUGGGUAGUCAGCACUGGAAUCUUCGUCGCCGCUUCAUUCGUCAANGGGAAGCAAAAAACUUGGAUGCUGAGGGUAUGCACAGCAUCUGCUAUUGUUGGAUCUCUUCUGAUCAUUGGUGCUACUAUCGCUACAAGUGCUAGUGCAUACGCUCUAGUGCAAUACAUUGACAGUACCUGGAACGGAAACUAUGCUGGAAGGAUGGGAGCUAUCCUGGCGGUACAGUGCGCUGCUGCCGGUGCCAUGACUGUUCAUGCUUUGCUUGCACUUGCUAUCACUGGUGAUAUGCAAGAUCAUUCGGAGGGAUCAAUCAGGCUGGAGGAGUAG